UGGCUCAUUCCCAUCUCAUCUAAGUGACUCAAAAAACUUCUCUUGAGUUUGACAGCCGUUUUUUGCUGGAACAUCUGGAAGACUCUCCAUCCGCCAAGCAAUCUUCCUCGAUCAGCUGGAACUACCAUUACUACUAGUAGAGUAACGAGGCACGAGGCAAGAGUAACGAGGCAACAAGCAGCAUGGCUCGGUUCCCCGUCUUCGUUACUCUCGCGGUUCUUGUCGCUUUCGUCCUCGCGCUCUCCUAUUGCACGCCUGCCGACGGCCAGCUCGUAAUUCCAUUGAAAGGUGUUGUAACGAAGCGACCUGCAAGUGGAAUGAGGCGGCUGCUCGACGAUCAUCAUGAUGACCAUCACGAAGAUCAUGAUGACGACCGCAAGGAUCAUGAUGACCAUCACGAGGAUCAUGAUGACGACCACAAGGAUCAUGAUGACCAUCAUGACGAUGACGAUCACAAGGAUCACGACGACAGCGACAGCGACUUGAAAAAAUGCACCAAAAGUUACAAAUCCGCCGUGAAGAAGUGCAGGGACAAGAACGAGAAGAGCACGUGCGAAGCGAAGGCUUAUAAGGCGUACAAAAAGUGCCGGAAGCAUUAGUGCAAGUAGCAGUGCGACGCGAAGAGGAGGGAGUGCAAGGAGAAGGGGCGAGAAGGAUUGCGGCAAGAAGCGGACGAAGUGCCGCGAAAAGUGCGGCUAGAUGCCAAUGUUAGUCACGGAACUAAUGAGGUGGUCCAGGAUAGUAACAAGUUGGCUAAUAAGAGACCAUCAUGGUGGCGGGUCAUUGAGCAAUGCAUGAGAGGGAUGCUGAAGCAGCGUAGGGCGGUGAAUGCCUCUACUCGUAAAUCCGUGCAAAUACGUGUAAAUGGAGGGAAUGACGACAGAGUUUGCUUUCUUGUUUCGGAUUCCUUUCGGAACUGUAUAGGGUCACCUCUUAGAGAGUACAACCCUUAGAUAUGUAUGCUUGUACCCAUGUUCUCUAGUCAU